CCGACAAUACUCAAAUCAAGAUGGAAGGGUCGUGCUAUUACUUCUCAGAAAACGAGUCAGACUUCGACUCAUCCGCAGCAGCAUGUGAGGAACUAGGAAUGCACUUAGUCUACAUCGGAUCGGCAGAUGAGCAGGAAGUUCUGAAGGAGAACCUACCCCGUGAAAACCAGGAUUAUUGGAUCGGAUUGGCACCAGUCACCUGGUUGGAUGGCUCGGGAUUGACUUACUCCAACUUUGCCGAUCAUAAGGACACUUUCAAGCGUAACGGGAGGUGUUUCAAUCUAGAUCCAGGAGAGUCUUAUCAGUGGCGAGAUGAUGACUGUUCCGAUGACCAUCGUCACAGGUACAUCUGUGAGAAAGAAGAAAUUCAACCAACCUCUACACAGCAAACAGCACCAAUAACCACCACCACCACCCCUGCAAGUACUGCCCUAACCAGUACUACAACUCAUCAAACAAUGUCAUCAAGAGUGUCAAGUUCCACCACCGGGUCUACCAUGAGUAGUUCAACACAAUUUAUAGUUACCAGUGAGACGGGGCAAGGGUCAACUCAUUCCUUUCUUUCAACUGAUGCAAUUCCGGAAACAGCGGCGACACUCACAACAGAGACAGCAGCAACUGCUACCUGUCAAUCUCUGGUCAGAGGUCGCGAUGGUGGCCGCAAGGGCUACAGAACAUUCCAACCACUUGCCCGGAACGUUGCCCUAACCGAUGGCUAUGUUCUGUCAUCGUACAUGGGUUCAUCCCUUAUCGAAUGCAGCCAGUUCUGCCUUGCUGAUCAAGGUUGCUCAUGUUAUACUUUCGUCGCCGAAGAGGGCGUUUGUCAGCUUGGUCAGGAUUGCCCGAAUCUGUCGAUACAUGCUUGGAAAAAACAGCAAGGAACUAUAGCCUAUUCAGAGCUCAAAGAAGGCCGCGGAUGUUUCUAGGUCAUUGGAUCUUUUGGCCAGUCAAAGUGCACUUUUGAACAGGAAACAGAAUGAUGAGCCCAUAUUUUGGCACCUCUGUGAACUUUACGGAAAAUGCCCCUCCGGAAGGCACACAUAGGUGAUUUAAUUGCAUGUUGAAUUAUCUUAUUUCAUAAUCACAUGGGAAAAAGGGCAAAAGGCUUUAUUAAUUUGUUCAUGAAAAAAAUAUCUCUUGUAAUACCACUUUUUGAAAUGACUAAAUGAUGUGACUAGAAAACAUAGAAUUUUAAGCACUUUUGUAUUUCAAUUUAAGUCCUUUCAAGUACUUUUGGUAAUAAAGAGCAGACGAACAAUCACUUUAAGUAGUCAUGAAAAAGAAGCAUAUGUCACUACGUAAAAUAAUAAAAGCUCAUGCGAGGAAAUAUAUUCCCCCCUUGGAAAAUUGAGUAUUUGCCCCUGGACUAGCCUAUAUAUAUAUAUAGAUAUAUAAUGUAGGUCAUGAUUAGCAAACAAAGACGUUGAACAAAAGGAUUUAUCUCUGUUAACGUGAUGAGAUUGAUCAUGGAUACGAUUGAAUAAAAAAGAAUGGGUCCGAUUUGAAAGUGAUGGAAAGCAUAGUCAUUUUCAACCAUAAUAGUCAUGAUAAUAUGAAAUAAUUAUUGAAUAAUUCAUAGUGUCUUCUGCCUUGGAAAGCAAUUACGAUCGGAUUGAAAUUAAUCCUAUUGAUUUUGUGCUCUGAUUCGUUUAUUACGUUCGUUGUUUGGCUGAUAUAUUUCACAAUGUAAUCAGAAGUUAUAGAUUGACAGAGCGAGAGGACUUUUUGUGAGGUUCAGUGGGCUCAAAAAACAGACAAUAAGGCGAGGUAUGUAUUUUGUUAUAUUUUGUACCGAAUAAUUAAAUCAUGCUUAUAUCAAGGCAGGGGCGGCGGGACAUAUUUUCGUUUGGGGGGGGGGCAACACCAAAAAGGGCACCUAUAUGUCAAAAUGGGCAUUUUGGUGCAAACGGAUAUUUUUACCAUGAGAUUAUCAUCUACGCGAAAUAGUUGUGUUUUUUGUAGUAAUUAAAGUUGAGCAAAGCCAUUUUGACGUAAAUUCUGAUUGAUAAGAUUUAUAGUAAUAAGGCUCAUCCGCGAGCGAGCGGUUUGGAAAAAAUAUCAAAUCUGAAGUUGUAAAACUUGAAUUUUGGUCAAUUAUGGCGCUGAUUUCUGUUGAAAGGGCAUCCUUGCGAAAUGUUGCAAAGGCCAUUCGCGAGCUCAAACUUUUGUAAUAAGACAUGAAAAAUAAAACGUUUUUAGCAGUUUUUGUUAUCCUGAAAAGAUGUGUAGACAUAUUUAACUAAAGAAUUAACGCGAGAGCGAUGCCCGAGCUGAAAUUUUUAAUAUACUGACCAGAAAAGUAACCCGUUAAGGACUAAAUUUAGUGGCUCAUGAAAAGGAUACAUAUCUUACCGGGAUAUCUUACCAAUCGAAUAAUGCGAGCGCGAAGUGCGAGCUGAAAAUGAGUGAUAUUCCAACCUGUAAACUGGACAUUUUAAGCAUUCUUGUAACCAUAAACAAGAUGAGUACACAACCUUAGUAAACAAUUUUUUGUCAACAUGUUGACAAAAGCUUUGCAUUUGUUCAGUAAUUAUAUUUGCAUCCGUAUGAUUUCUUUUGUUUUCUUUUUCUUUCCUGUAAUACAUAUAUGUAUGCAUAUGAGAAUAAGUCUACUAUACUUCCUUUCCAAGCUAGGGGGAUCCACAAUUUACAAGCUUUGCUUUUUAGUGGAUCCCCCUCAUUUCCAUUUAUGCUCUAUAUUAUACUGUUUUUCUGUGUUUUUUUUUACGAAGUAAGAAUGCCCUUCUGUAAAAUUGUACUUGAUUUGUAUUACUUUAAAUUACUUUGUAUUAUGUUUUGAAUGGAAAUGAAAUAAAAGAAUUGAAUUGAAUUGAUAUGAAUACC